CUUGUCGCGGGCAGAGAGAGAAGAGAGAGAGAGAGACCUGGCCUGGAGCUUCCCAUCUUCGCCAGCGCGACUCGGUGGCUCUCGGGCUCUAAAUUGCUUUCUCCCAGGAAGGGGAUUCAAAGUCACAAAGAAAGGAAGAGGACCUCACUGGAGCCCUCUGGGGGCGUGGGUGGAGUGUCCCGGAGUGGGCCUCCCACCGCGGCCAAAGGCAAGUGGGCUGGAGGAGGACGGGCCCUGCCCCGCGCUGGCCGGAGCACAGCGCCCCGGGCUGCGACGCGCGUCGCCGUGCGGUGAACGGAGCGGUCGGGCAGCGGCGGAGGCCUCGGGGCGCCCCGCCCUGCGCCUCCUUCUGCCGCCUGCGCGCGGUGCUGUGCGCCCAGCCCGUCGCUGCUCCUCCUCCCUGCCUCGCCGUCCCUUCCUCAGAGUCCCGACUGAGUGCGAGCGCCACACGGCCCCGGGCCGCCGCCGAGCGCGCCAAGACGCCGAGACGCCGAACAGGUGGCCGGAGGCUGCAGGCGCCCGGGCGGGGACAGGCGAGGCCAGGCGAAGGCGGCCGGGCUGGACAUGGUAGCCUGGCAGCUCUGUGCGGCCGCCUGCUCGCGCCCCUAGCCGCCGGCGCGCCGGCGCAGCGGCCCCACCGCGCCCCUGCGUACAGUCUCCCGGCCCAGCGCCGCUCCGGCCACGGACAGCGAGGGACGGCGGCAUGAAAGUGACCGUGUGCUUCGGGAGGACCCGGGUGGUCGUGCCGUGCGGAGAUGGCCGCAUGAAAGUUUUCAGCCUCAUCCAGCAGGCGGUGACCCGCUACCGGAAGGCCGUGGCCAAGGAUCCAAACUACUGGAUACAGGUGCAUCGCUUGGAGCAUGGAGACGGAGGGAUUCUAGACCUGGAUGACAUCCUCUGUGACGUUGCUGAUGACAAAGACAGACUGGUAGCAGUGUUUGAUGAGCAGGAUCCCCACCAUGGAGGAGAUGGUACCAGUGCCAGCUCCACAGGCACCCAGAGUCCAGAGAUAUUCGGCAGUGAGCUGGGCACCAACAAUGUUUCUGCUUUUCAGCCUUAUCAAGCCACAAGUGAAAUUGAGGUCACGCCUUCAGUCCUCCGGGCAAAUAUGCCUCUCCACGUCCGCCGGAGCAGCGACCCAGCUUUAACUGGCCUCUCCACGUCUGUCAGUGAUAACAACUUUUCCUCCGAGGAGCCCUCCAGGAAAAACCCCACCCGUUGGUCCACGACAGCUGGGUUUCUCAAGCAGAAUACCGCUGGAAGUCCCAAAACCUGCGACAGGAAGGAUGAGGAAGGCACAGAAGAAGACAGCAGCCGGGUGGAGCCGGUUGGACAUGCUGAUACUGGACUGGAGAAUAUGCCCAACUUUUCCCUUGAUGAUAUGGUAAAGCUCGUACAAGUCCCCAACGAUGGAGGGCCCCUGGGAAUCCAUGUAGUGCCUUUCAGUGCUCGAGGCGGCAGAACACUGGGGUUGUUAGUGAAGCGGUUGGAGAAAGGUGGUAAAGCUGAGCAAGAAAAUCUUUUCCAUGAGAAUGACUGCAUUGUGAGGAUUAACGAUGGAGAUCUUCGAAACAGAAGAUUUGAGCAAGCACAACAUAUGUUCCGCCAAGCCAUGCGUGCGCGUGUCAUUUGGUUCCAUGUGGUCCCUGCAGCAAACAAGGAGCGGUAUGAACAACUCUCCCAACGAGAGAAGAACAACUACUCCCCCGGCCGCUUCAGCCCAGACAGCCACUGUGUGGCCAACAAUGCGCCUCAAGCAUUGCCCAGAGCACCCAGACUGAGUCAGCCACCAGAGCAGCUGGAUGCUCACCCCCGACUACCUCAUAGUGCUCAUGCCUCAACCAAACCACCCACAGCCCCGGCCUUGGCUCCACCGAAUGUGCUUAGUACCAGUGUAGGUAGCAUGUACAACACGAAGAAAGUAGGCAAGAGGCUCAACAUCCAGCUUAAGAAAGGCACAGAAGGACUGGGAUUCAGCAUCACUUCCCGAGACGUCACCAUUGGUGGCUCAGCCCCCAUUUAUGUCAAGAACAUUCUUCCUCGAGGGGCUGCCAUUCAGGAUGGCAGACUCAAGGCAGGAGACCGGCUAAUAGAGGUCAAUGGAGUAGAUUUAGCAGGCAAGUCUCAGGAGGAGGUUGUUUCCUUGUUGAGAAGCACCAAGAUGGAGGGGACCGUGAGCCUUCUGGUCUUUCGUCAGGAAGAGGCUUUCCACCCCAGGGAAAUGAAUGCUGAACCAAGCCAGAUGCAGACUCCAAAAGAAACGAAAGCUGAAGAUGAGGAUGUUGUUCUCACACCUGACGGUACCAGGGAGUUUCUGACUUUUGAAGUUCCACUGAACGACUCAGGAUCUGCAGGGCUUGGUGUCAGCGUCAAGGGGAACCGUUCCAAAGAGAACCAUGCAGAUUUGGGGAUCUUCGUUAAGUCUAUUAUUAACGGUGGAGCUGCGUCUAAAGAUGGAAGGCUGAGGGUAAAUGACCAGCUGAUCGCUGUAAAUGGAGAGUCUCUGCUGGGCAAAGCCAACCAGGAAGCCAUGGAGACUCUGAGGAGGUCCAUGUCCACCGAAGGCAACAAGCGUGGCAUGAUCCAGCUCAUUGUGGCGAGGCGGAUCAGCAGAUGUAAUGAGCUCCGGUCUCCUGGGAGCCCUGCUGCACCUGAGCUACCCAUCGAAACAGAACUGGAUGACCGAGAACGCAGGAUCUCACACUCCCUCUACAGUGGGAUCGAGGGGCUGGAUGAGUCGCCCACCAGGAACGCAGCUCUGAGCAGGAUAAUGGGUGAGUCAGGUAAAUGCCAGCUGUCCCCCACGGUGAACAUGCCUCACGAUGACACUGUCAUGAUUGAAGAUGACAGACUGCCUGUGCUCCCUCCUCACCUCUCUGACCAGUCCUCUUCCAGCUCCCAUGAUGAUGUUGGAUUCAUAAUGACAGAAGCAGGCACAUGGGCCAAGGCUACCAUCAGUGACUCAGCCGACUGCUCAUUGAGUCCAGAUGUUGAUCCGGUUCUUGCUUUUCAACGGGAAGGAUUUGGACGCCAGAGUAUGUCAGAAAAACGCACAAAGCAAUUUUCAGAUGCCAGUCAAUUGGAUUUUGUUAAAACACGGAAAUCAAAAAGCAUGGAUUUAGGUAUAGCUGACGAGACUAAACUCAAUACAGUGGAUGACCAGAGAGCAGGCUCCCCCAGUAGAGAUGUGGGACCUUCCUUGGGUCUGAAGAAAUCCAGCUCCUUAGAAAGUCUGCAGACUGCUGUCGCCGAGGUGACACUGAAUGGGAACAUUCCUUUCCACCGCCCGCGGCCACGAAUCAUCCGGGGAAGGGGCUGCAAUGAGAGCUUCAGAGCCGCCAUUGACAAGUCCUACGAUAAACCCAUGGUGGAUGAUGAUGAUGAAGGCAUGGAGACCUUGGAAGAAGACACAGAGGAAAGCUCAAGGUCAGGGAGGGAGUCCGUGUCCACGUCCAGCGAUCAACCUUCCUAUUCUCUGGAGAGACAAAUGAAUGGUGACCCAGAGAAAAGGGACAAGACAGAGAGGAAAAAGGACAAAGCUGGAAAGGAUAAGAAGAAAGACCGAGACAAGGAGAAGGAUAAACUGAAAGCCAAGAAGGGAAUGCUGAAAGGCUUGGGGGACAUGUUCAGGUUUGGCAAACAUCGAAAAGAUGACAAGAUGGAAAAAAUGGGUCGAAUAAAAAUCCAGGAUUCUUUCACCUCAGAAGAGGACAGGGUGCGGAUGAAGGAGGAACAGGAGAGGAUUCAAGCCAAAACUCGAGAAUUUAGGGAGCGGCAAGCCCGAGAGCGCGACUAUGCUGAGAUCCAAGAUUUCCAUCGGACAUUUGGAUGUGAUGACGAGUUGCUGUAUGGGGGCAUGUCAUCCUAUGAAGGCUGCCUGACUCUCAAUGCCAGACCCCAGAGCCCAAGAGAAGGGCACCUGAUGGACACUUUGUAUGCACAAGUAAAGAAACCUCGGGGCUCCAAACCUGGAGACAGCAAUCGAUCCACUCCUAGCAACCAUGACCGGAUACAGCGUCUACGGCAAGAGUUCCAGCAAGCCAAACAAGAUGAGGAUGUGGAAGACCGGCGCCGUACCUACAGCUUUGAGCAAUCUUGGUCCAACUCACGGCCGGCAUCACAGAGUGGUCGGCACUCGGUCUCGGUGGAGGUUCAAGUGCAACGGCAACGCCAGGAGGAGCGAGAGAGCUUCCAGCAGGCCCAGCGCCAGUACAGCUCACUGCCAAGACAAAGCAGGAAGAAUGCCAGCUCCAUAUCACAGGAUUCCUGGGAACAGAACUACGCCCCUGGCGAAGGCUUCCAGAGUGCCAAGGAGAACCCCAGGUAUUCCAGUUACCAGGGCUCAAGGAACGGCUACCUAGGCGGGCAUGGCUUCAAUGCCAGGGUCAUGCUGGAGACCCAGGAGCUUCUCCGACAGGAGCAGAGGCGGAAGGAGCAGCAGCUGAAGAAGCAGCCACCAGCUGAUGGAGUCAGAGGGCCCUUCCGGCAAGAUGUACCCCCUUCUCCAUCUCAGGUGGCCAGGCUGAACAGACUGCAGACACCUGAGAAAGGACGGCCCUUUUACUCCUGAGCCCGAAGGAGGAUGGCAGCUUUUUGUGUCAUGCAAUAAAGGACAUUUCCCCGUAAAGACCUGCGCCCUUGGAGUUUUAAAAAACCUUCGGUGGUACUGCAGAACACUUCUGUCGCUGGUAUCAGUGCCUUUAAGCAGCAUGAGCAAAGAAAUGGAAGGCCUUAAUGUCUUUGCCACUGCGUCAAUCUCGUGGAAGGACCCCUCCCCUCCCCACCCGACCCUAAACUCAAGUUCAAGGCAUCAACUACCUGCUUCUCUGCAGUACUGGAAACUUCGGCUCCAUGCCCAAGACGCCUGUGGACGUCACAGCUUCAUCUUACAGAGUGACCCCAAGGCUGCAGAUGUUGCUGACGCCCAUACCCCGACCCUGGAUGAACUGAUAGAUGGAAGUGGUUGUGGUGUGCACCAGAAUGAGGGCUUUUCAGAACUUUGCAGCAGGGUUACCCCUGUUCUCCCACUCAAUCUGGGGUUCCCUUUCUUUCCUCAGAUCCUCGGAGCAUGAAGGCUCUAGGGUGGUUGUGAAGAAGUGAAGCCAUACGCCAGUGCUGUUUGGUUGGGGGCAGGGGCGGGGUGGAGGGUACUUUCCAACUGCCUUAUAACUCCACUACCCAUAUCACAACGAUUCUAGUCUGUGUUUAUAAAUACACGUGUUCAGUCACAUUCAUGACACUUGGGAACAAGGGACAUGGGAGUGGCCCAUAUGCAUUGCACCCUGAGGAAGGAGAUAGGAACUGAGGGAAGAUUCUCUGGGGGAGCUUAGGCCAGUCUAUCCUGUCCUUAUUUUACUUCAUUUGUAUCUCAAUAGGUUGGCAAGGAAGGCACAGAGUGGGACAAGCAAAAAAGUCAGUCAGUCACUUUGGAUUCUGAGAACCAAUCUCAAUACGGCUUUUGAGAUUGGAGUCAGUUUUUGUCUCCUAUUCCCUCUACUGUGUCCCUUCCUGACAAGGCCACAUUGCUAAGUAAUUCUGUUGUUUAUCAUAAAGACAAAUAAAAGAAGAGCCAUCCCACUUGAGAACAUUUUGAUGUCCCUCUGAGCACCAGGAGUCACAUUUUUUGUGCAUGUCUGUGUCGUGAGGCCCUCCUCGUGUUCCCGCUGUUCAUCUGUUGGUCUGAACAUCCUGUAUUGUAAACCAAGGCUGGGUUGCUAAAGUGCCUGCGAAUCUUGAUAUGAAAAACAAAAAAAACAAAAAAAACCCUUGAGCAAAAAGCUCAGAGUACCAUGUAUUAACAAAAAAGAAAGAAAGAAAAAAAGACAUGUAUUGAUAUGCCUAUUUUUUUUUUUUACUGGCACAUUGUAUUUUUUGUGUAGACUUGUUUUUAGAAAAUAAUACGCAGUGUCCACAGGCGCCGUGUCUCUCUGCAUCUAUGUGUAAUGGCUUUAUCUGUUAAUGCCUUUCAGUGGUGUUUAAGUGGUGUUCCCAGUGUAAGUAAGCGUGGUGACCUUGGACAGCGGUGGCUUUCUCACAGCCUUUCUAAACUGUGAGGGACAGCUGUCCCUGUACAUAUAAGACUUCUAAUAAAAGACAUAUUUCUUCCUGUUC